AUGGCCCCUUCUUACCAUACUCGCUCUAACAGUUUCCCUUCUAGACCACACCCUCUCACUUCAGAAGUUGAUCAGCAUUUGAGAAGAUUAAGAGCUUCUCAAUCUACUUCUACAUCAUCAUCAUCAAUCAGCCAUCAGAUAAAUGGCCUUCAAGAUUUGCAUGAUUGUGUCGAUAAGUUGCUACAGCUGUCCCACGUUCAGCAAAAGGAUUUGGUUGAUGAGUUGUUGAAUGGAUCUCUAAGACUCUUGGAUAUCUGUGGCAUUGCUAAGGAUUCCUUGUUACAAACCAAAGAGGCUGUACAGGAACUUCAAUCAAUUUUCCGCAGAAGGAGGGGCGAUGAUAUUGAACUUACAAGUGCGGUUAAGAAAUACCUGACCUCCAGGAAGACAGUGAAAAAGACAAUCCAAAAGGCCUUGAAAGUCAUAAAAAACCAAAGCUCCUCCCCAAUCAACGAGGAACAAGCCACAACUAGCAUUUUAAAAGAGGUUGAAGCAAUCACAUUCAAUGUGAUUGAAUCUUUGUUGUCCCUUAUCUCAGGGCCAAGGAAGCUAAGCAGUUGGUCAGUAGUUUCCAAGCUAAUGCACCCAAAAAAGGUAGCAUCUGAGGAAACAAACACAAAUGGGUUUGAAGAGAUGGAUGCUAAGUUAUCUAUCCUCAUCGGUCACAAGACAAGCAAAUCUGAAAACAUCCAGAACCAGCUUAAAGAAAUGGAGUCAAACGUUCAACAUCUUGAAGACGGACUCGAGUCCUUGAGCAGGCGUUUGAUCAAAACUAGAGUCUCUCUUCUCAACAUCCUCUACAAUUAG